CAAUAGACCAGCUCGCAACGCGCGACUGCCACCCCAAAAACAUUUACUGUGUAUAAGGAUAAUAAUAAAUAAAUGCAAGCUCUAUUGUGAUAUUAAGUGUGUGUGUUUUUUAAGUGCAUCCUUGCGAAAGGACUUUUUUUAAACUGACAAGUCGCGCUAUAUUAAAGCUAAGUUAACAUGCAGCUAACGUUGUCGCUGCUGACGACGCUGCUGACGCUUACGCAGGCAGCGCGUUUGGAUAAUAAGUAUUUGCCGCCGCCAGCAAAUGCAGCAAGUGCAGGUGGCUCAGGUCUUCAAGGACCAGGCGGACCAGGAAGUUUUGGAGGCGGCGGCGGCGGCGCAGGCCGAGGCGGCAGCAAUAACGGCCUUGGUGGCAUUAACAAUGGACUUGGCGGCUUCUCGGGUGGAGGCGGUCCCAGCAGACCAAUUGGGCCAGCACAAGGAGCACCUGCGCCACCACGCCCGCCCGCUGGUGGAGCUGGCCCUGCGCCUGGUCCACCAAUACCAAUCCUCUCGUUUGUCAACGAGAAUGAUGGCGAUGGCAACUAUCGCUUUAGCUAUGAGACUGGCAACGGCAUCAAGGCCCAAGAGGAGGGCACUUUGAAAAAUGAAAGUCCAUCUGUGAUGGGCUCGUAUUCUUACACGAAUCCUGAGGGCGAGCUUGUCGAGAUUACGUAUACUGCUGAUGAGAACGGUUUCGUGCCAAUGGGCGCAGCGCUGCCGACUCCACCUCCAAUUCCAGAGGCAAUUGCUAAAGCUCUUGCUGCCCAAGGCAUUUCACCACUUCCAGGCGGCGGCUAUAGUGGCGGUGCAGGCGCAGGAGGCGGCGGCGCGGGAGGAGCCGGAUCUGGAGGAGGAUAUGGCGGCGGCGGUGGAAGCGGAAGAGGAGGCGCUCCUGGUGGAGCUGGUGGCGCAGGAGGAUUUGGCGGCGGCGGCGGAGCCGGAUCCGGAGGAGGUUACGGCGGCGGUGGCGCUGGAGGCGGAAGGGGAGGAGCUCCCGGUGGUGCAGGUGGCGCAGGUGGCGCAGGAGGAUUUGGCGGAAGCGGUGGAGCUGGAGGAAGAGGAGGAGCGCCUGGCGGUGGUGCGGGAGGAUUUGGCGCCGGAGGAGCAGGAGGCGCCGGCGGAAGAGGAGGCGCUCCUGGUGGCGGAGCGGGAGGAUUUGGCGCCGGAGGAGCAGGAGGCGCUGGCGGAAGAGGAGGUGCUCCUGGUGGCGGCGCAGGAGGAUUUGGAGGCGGAGGAGCAGGAGGCGCUGGCGGAAGAGGAGGCGCUCCUGGUGGCGGCGCGGGAGGAUUUGGAGGCGCGGGAGGUCCUGGCUCGCAAUAUAUUCCUCCUGCUGCUGGUGGCGGACGCGGCAAUGGCGAAUUUGAUCCACAAACGGGUUACAGCUACUAAAGAUUUAAGGAUAACAACUGAUAAGCAAACAAACACAUUCUGCCGCUAGAAACUCGUAGCUUUCCCAAUUACAAAAUGUAUUAUGUUUAAUACUAUUUAUAAUAAGCCUCUCCAAAUUGUAACUUUGAUUAUUUUUAAGCUGACCAAUGACAAAUAA